ACCCAAAAACCUUUCUUACUUUCCCUUCCCAUUUCUUCUCCCAGCUAUCUGUUACUUCCCUCUCCCACUCUCCAGGACUCCUCGAUCUCCUCCCGCCAAAUCUCGCCGUCUCUCUGCCUUCCGAUCAUGCCGGAGCUGGCGGAGACCUACGCUUGCGCGCCGUCGACGGAGCGCGGAAGAGGAAUUCUCAUCUCCGGCCAUCCCAAGUCCAACUCCAUCCUGUACACAAACAACCGCUCAGUCCUAAUUCUCAACCUCGACAACCCUCUCGACGUCUCCGUCUACGGCGAGCACGCCUACCAGGCAACCGUCGCUAGAUUCUCGCCCAAUGGAGAGUGGAUCGCCUCCGGUGAUGCUUCCGGCUCCGUCAGGAUCUGGGGGGCCUACAACGACCACGUUUUGAAGAAGGAGUUCAAGGUCUUGACUGGCCGGAUCGACGAUCUUCAGUGGUCCCCUGACGGGCUCAGGAUUGUUGCCGCAGGCGACGGCAAGGGCAAAUCGCUGGUUCGAGCUUUCAUGUGGGAUUCGGGCACAAAUGUCGGGGAAUUCGAUGGGCAUUCCAGGCGAGUUUUGAGCUGUGCGUUUAAGCCGACGAGGCCGUUUCGAAUUGUGACUUGUGGGGAGGACUUCUUGGUCAACUUCUAUGAAGGGCCUCCAUUUAAGUUCAAGCUUUCUCACAGGGAUCAUUCGAAUUUCGUCAAUUGUGUAAGAUUUUCCCCAGAUGGUAGCAAGUACAUUAGUGUUAGUUCUGACAAGAAAGGACUCAUAUUUGACGGAAAGACUGCUGAGAAGAUUGGGGAAUUGGCUUCGGGGGAGGGUCACAAGGGCAGUAUCUAUGCUGUUAGCUGGAGUCCUGAUAGCAAACAGGUGUUUACUGUUUCUGCUGACAAGUCUGCAAAAGUGUGGGAAAUCUCUGGCGAUGGUAGCGGGAAAUUGAAGAAGACAUUGACUUGUGGAGAAUCGGGUGGAGUUGAUGAUAUGCUAGUUGGUUGUCUUUGGCAGAAUGACCAUCUUGUCACAGUUUCUCUUGGGGGCACAAUUAGCAUUUUCUCUGCAAGUGAUCUUGAUAAGAGUCCUGUCCAAAUAUCUGGACACCUGAAGAAUGUUACUUCUUUAGCUGUCCUUAACAGUGUUCCCAAGACUAUACUGUCUAGUAGCUAUGAUGGUUUGAUAAUUAGGUGGAUUCAGGGAACUGGGUACAAUGGUAAAUUGCAGAGGAAGGAAACUAGUCAAAUCAAAUCCUUAGCUGCUAUUGACGAAGAGAUUGUUACUUCUGGAUUUGACAAUAAGAUAUGGCGAGUUAAGUUAAGUGGAGAUUCAGAUUCCGUCGACAUUGGGAGUCAACCAAAAGACUUCAGCCUUGCUCUUAACUGCCCCGAGCUAGUUUUGGUCACAAUUGAUUCUGGUGUUGUCAUGCUUCAUGGUACAAAAGUUGUUUCAAUCAUCAAUCUUGGGUUUCCCGUAACUGCAUCUGCAGUUGCACCAGAUGGAUCUGAAGCAAUCAUAGGUGGGCAAGAUGGCAAGUUGCAUGUCUAUUCUAUCAGAGGUGAUACACUUACAGAAGAAGCUGUGCUUGAAAAGCAUCGAGGUGCUAUCACUGUGAUUGAUUACUCUCCAGAUACAUCCAUGUUUGCUUCUGGUGAUUCAAAUAGAGAAGCUGUGAUUUGGGAUCGGGUCUCGAGAGAGGUGAAGCUCAAGAACAUGUUGUACCACACAGCCCGGAUAAACUGCCUAUCCUGGUCUCCCGACAAUCGGAUGAUCGCCACAGGAUCACUCGACACAUCCAUCAUCGUAUAUGAACUGGACAAGCCAGUUUCUAGUAGGAUGACCAUCAAGGGAGCUCACCUGGGUGGGGUUUAUGGAUUGGCUUUUGUUGAUGACUGCAGCGUGGCAAGUUCUGGAGAGGAUGCUUGUGUUCGUGUUUGGAGGUUAACUUAACCCCUCACGGAAAAGAACAUUGAAGGGAUCUCCGCAGGGUUGAAGUUGAAUGGAAUCAAGCUUGUGCUUAUCCACCUUGAGUUGUGUUGGAAUUUCGUGUGCUAGCUUAGCUGACAAGCUCUCUUGAUCAGGUUACAAUUGAACAGGUAUGCCAACAGCAGUACGAGUGUCUGUCCGUAGGUUGUUGUAAAGUAGUGUUCCAGGUGACUCAACCAAUUGUUGGAAUGUCUGGAUGAUGCAUACUUGAGUAUGAACGCGUAGUGUUGUACAAGCGUGAUUGAGCUAUAUGCAGUUUGGGAGUCGGGGGAAGGUUGAACCCGUUUUCAUUGGUGUUCUGGCUUUCAGGGACAAUGCCUGGGUAUGGUUCCGUAUUUCUGUGUGGCCGUGUGGUUUGCUGGCAAAUGUAAUGUGAGCUAUAUUACUUUCCUGGUCUUGCCUCUUCUUACGGUUUGUUGUGUUUUCUGGUUCGUUGUCUGUUGUAUGUAUCAAAGAGAGAUUCAGAGUUUGGGUUCCAUUCCAAGGAGACAACUAUUUGAGGGCUUUUGCCUUGUUAUGGGAGUGAUAAUUGUUUGUUGUUUCAGCUAUUUAUUUAAUUGCAAAGCUUCACUGAUGUUGCUGGCUAGAAGAAGUGAAAG